AGCGCCUGGAGCGCCGUGGCACGCGCGGGCCGCCCCGUAUGCCCCGCGGGGCGGCGUGAGGCAGGCGCGCGGGGUCGGCAGCAGGCGGAGCGGGCGCUCUCCUGGAGCAGAGGCGUUGCGGGUAGCAAUGUCGAUCAAGCUCCGGGAGCUCAUCCGAAGCAUCCGCGCCUGCAAGACUGCGGCGGAGGAACGCGCCGUCAUAGCCCGCGAGUGCGCCCUCAUCCGGACGGCAUUCAAGGAGAACGACGAGCAGUUCCGGCACCGGAAUGUUGCGAAGCUGCUCUUCAUCCACAUGAUGGGCUACCCGACGCACUUCGGUCAGAUGGAGUGCCUGAAGCUGAUCGCGUCGCCGCAGUUCCCGCAGAAGCGUGUGGGCUACUUGGGCCUGACGCAGAUCCUCGACGAGAACGCCGAGGUCCUUACGCUCGUGACGAACUCGAUUAAGAACGACAUGGGGUCUGACAAGAACCCGUACGUGAACGGGCUCGCCCUGUGCGCGAUGGGGAACAUCGCCAACGGCGAGAUGUGCCGCGCCCUGUCGCGCGAGGUGGAGAACAUGAUGAGCUGCACGGACCCCUACAUCAAGAAGAAAGCCUCGCUGUGCGCCAGCCGCAUCAUCAGGCGGCUUGGCGGGGCGCCCUCCAGGCUCGCCGGGAGGCCCGCCUGAGGGCGCCAGACUAAUUAGGUGCACGCGGCCGGGCUGCGACUCGCGCGCCUGGCUUUCCCCCCCCCCCCCCGCUCCCUCCCUCCCUCCCCCUCCUGC